CUGCUGCAGCAUCAGAACCCGGUGUCUCCUGGAUGGAUCCAUGAAGAAAGACCCCCCCAUCCCCUCCACACGGUCUGUCCCCUCCCGCACCACGAUGAUGGACCCCCAGCGAUUAACAGCGUCGUUGUGAUGAUGAUAUUGGGUUAUUUCAGCAAUCAAAUAUGAAUCAUGCAUUUGAUAUUUCUCGCCACUUCGCUUGUCUGCGUCCUCUCGCCUUGGCUCCAUCCAUCACUGGCUUCAUCCGUUACCCAACGAGUAGAGGACAAGGUUGAGAGGGGCACAGUGUCAGCAGUGCUGAAGCAACAGGCGACUGCAGCACCUGCUACAGACAACAUAACACAGCAUGCAGCAGAACACACCAUCACCUACCCCUCACGGCUGAUCUACUACCUGAAUGAGGACUCAGAGAGCACCCACCAUGACCUCAACACCCGAGCCAAGAACCAGGCCAAGGCUGACCAAACCAUCCAUCUUGCCCAAGCCAGUUUCCAGUUAGAGGCGUUCGGGACCAGAUUCGUUCUGGAUCUAACAUUGAACAAUGACUUACUGUCUUCGGAUUAUGUUGAGAUCCACUACGAAAAUGGAAAACCUGUCCAGUCAAAGGGCGGGGAGCACUGCUACUACCACGGCCAGGUGAGGGGGAGCAGUCACUCCCAUGUGGCCUUAUCUACCUGCAAUGGUUUGCACGGGAUGUUUGACGAUGGAAUCCAUGCGUAUCUAAUUGAGCCCUUACACCAGGCCCAUUUAAUUGAUUCAGCUGCAAGACCUCACAAAAUAAAGAGAGCAGCCUCAAUUCUAUCCGACCAUGGUUCAGAAGAGCUGGUGGAUGAAGAUGAGGAGGAGGAGGAUCUCUUUUCGGAGCUAAAUGAAUUAUCCUGGCUGAGGCGCAGAAAAAAACGAGCAAUGCCUCGUAACAUCUUUGAGGAGAUGAAGUAUUUGGAAAUCAUGAUUGUCAGUGACCACAGUAUGUAUAAAAGACACAAAAACAGGCAGCACACAAGAAAUUUCGCAAAAUCAGUGGUGAAUCUUGUUGAUGGUAUCUUCAAAGACCAGCUACACACUCGUGUGGUGCUUGUUGCUUUGGAGAUCUGGACGGACAAGGAUCAGAUCCCCAUAGGUGUGAUGCCGCUGGAAAUCCUGAGAGAUUUUUCCAAGUAUCGCCAGCAGAGCAUCAAGCUACACGCUGAUUCUGUCCAGCUCCUCUCAAAUGUGACCUUCCACUACAGAAGGAGCAAUGCUGCAUACUUUGGUGGCAUGUGCUCCGUGAGCCGUGGAGUGGGAGUCAACGAGUAUGGCACCACCUGGGCCAUGGUCGUGUCUCUGUCUCAGAGCCUGGCACAGAACCUGGGCAUCCAGUGGGACCCUGCAUCCAAGAGAAAAGACUGCGGAUGUGCAGGCUCAUGGAGCGGCUGCAUAAUGGAGGACACUGGGGUUCAACAUCCACAGAGGUUCUCCAAAUGCAGCAUCUCUGACUACAGGGAGUUCCUUUUAAAAGGCGGAGGCUCGUGUCUAUUUAACAGACCAACAAAGCUGUUUGACGUUGCACAUUGUGGAAACGGAUAUAUAGAGGUGGGAGAAGAGUGUGACUGUGGACUAAGAUCGGACUGUCACAAGGGCUGCUGCAAGAAGUGUUCUCUUGCAAAUGGGGCUCACUGCAGUGAUGGACCUUGCUGCAAUGUUACAUGUCUGCUUUACCCGCGUGGCUAUAGCUGUCGGGAAGCUGUGAACGACUGUGACAUCUCAGAGACCUGCACUGGAGACUCUGGACAGUGUCCCGCUAACCUACAUAAACAAGAUGGUUACAUGUGUCAGGUGAACCAGGGUCGUUGUUACAGUGGGGAAUGCAAAACAAGAGAAAACCAGUGUAAAUACAUCUGGGGAUCAAAGGCUGGAGGUUCAGAGAAGUUCUGCUAUGAGAAGCUUAACACAGAGGGGACGGAAAAAGGCAACUGUGGAAAAGAUGGAGACCGAUGGAUCCAGUGUAGCAAGCAUGAUGUGUUCUGUGGUUAUCUUCUGUGUACCAAUGUGGGGCGAACACCACGCAUCGGAAUGAUGAAAGGAGACUUUACUCUCACCUCCUUCAAUCACCAAGGCAACGUGAUACAGUGCUACGGUGCCCACGUCCUUUUGGACGAUGACACAGAUUUAGGCUACGUGGAGGAUGGGACUCCCUGUGGGCCGUCGAUGAUGUGCCUUGACCAUAAGUGUCUGCCCAUCCAGUCACUCAACGUGAGCACCUGUCCCAUCGGGCCUAAUGGACAGGUGUGCUCUGCUCACGGGGUGUGCAACAAUGAAGCCACAUGCACAUGUUACGCUACGUGGGCGGGGACAGACUGCAGCAUGCCUGACCCACCCAAAGAGCCUGACAUCACCCCAACCGAAGAACCCAAGGUGAGCGUGGCCACUAACAGGCUGAUAGGGGCUGUAGCAGGGACCAUUCUGGCCCUGGGGGUGAUUUUUGGAGGCACAGGGUGGGGAAUAGAAAAUGUGAAGAAGCGGCGUUACGACCCCAAUGCCCAGGCCAUUUAACUCGAGGAGAGGUGGCUGUUGUGGACGGACUCCUCCGAGACUUCCUAGGUUGGCUACUUGACAGCUGGACUGCACUUACUGCUGCUGACUUUUUUGGCAUUAGAUUUACUUGAAAAAGACAUAGUGGACAUUUAAGAAAAAUAAAUAAAUCUCAUUGUAGUGACAUAAAAAAAAACGCAGCCUUUUUAACUCCACAUGUACCUCCCUUCCCUUUUUCCUUUUAGUGCCAGUGCACAGGCGUUCAGGUGGAAUCCACAUCUUCUCACCUUGCAUGAUGUUACUACACACAAGGUGUGCUGCUUGCUGGCCCUCCUUGGCAUGAAAAGCCCUCUCUUUAGGGCUCGGCAUGGCUAACAAAGCUAUUCAUAUGGCGCAUAGAAAAACAUACAAAGACAAAAAAAGGACUUAUUUUUUGCAGGAGAAAGCCUGGUUAAAAACCAAAUGCUGGAAAAAAACAGUUUAAACUUAAUUUCCUGUUUAAGGUUCUGCAUGUGAGGACAAUGCAGACCAAUAAAGGAACAGGCCCACAUGAAAAUGCACACUGAUAGGGAGGUGGUAUUACUAAUCAACUGCUUGUUUCAUGAUGACCUUAGCUGCUUUAUUUUUUUUUUUUUAUCUUGGCAUCUUUUUACAGCAGACAUAACUAAACAAAAACAGAAGACAGGCUUGUUUGAUUUGGGUCAGACGGAGGAGAAACAUGUCAGAUUUAGAGGGAUCCAGACUACAGUCUCCUCUAGCAAGAUCUCCCCCCCAAUGAAAAUUUGCUAACGGUGACUCAGAAGCCAAAGAAUUAAUCACCUGAACAGAUGGAUGUUGUUGCGCACAGAGCACUUUCCCUCCCCCUCUGUCUGCAGCCAGUGGUGCCUCCCCCGCCCCCACUGGUAAGGGCAUGAAGUCCGUCCAUGCAGCAGGCCUUUGCCUUUCCAGCCAGGUCAUCAUCAGCACCCACCUUACUGGCAUUAGUCCCUUUUGCUCUCAUAAACUCCUGAGUAGGAAUCAAGUUUGGCUCUUCUAAAGAAGCUGCAUGCAUGCAAUCACUGUAGUGGGCUUAUAAAUCUAUAUGGGAGUCCCCUAAAAAAAAAAUUCUGCAAGAAAAAUAUGCUACAAGAGAUAGGAGCAUGUCAACAACCUGAACAUUUAACUUUUAUUUACUAUGCAAAGAGAGAUAUUGCACAAAGAGUAUGGGUAAUAGAGACAUCAAUGUAGACUUGGAAUUGCAUAAAAAAGCGGAUUACUUUUUUCUAUUUGGCCUCUGAAACAUCUUGUUUCGUUUGCUUUAAACAGGGUGAGCAAAAACAAAAUAUUAAAAACAACUUUUAAAAAUAUCAAAGUCCAUAUUUCUAGCAUAAAGCGAGAGAGCACCCUUUUACAUUUGUGAAAAUGUAAGUCAUUUCUUAUGUGUGUGUGUGUGUUUUUUUUUCCAAAACCGUUUUCAUUUUUGAACCACCCACUCACAGACAAGCAGACUGCAUGGAGCCUGUGCGUAACGAGGCCCGAACAGUUUCAUCAUGCAGGACCAUCAUGGUUUUAAGAACAGCUGAUUGUUGGUGUGUUCCGGGUGCUUUCAGAAGCACCGGCAUUAUUGUGACCCUUCUAUGUUACUCAUCGUCUUGUGUCCCUCUCUCACUGCAUCAUGUACAGUUGGAUCCAUUAAUAAACUACUGACA